AUUAGUAACAGUAGGCAGUACGUGUACCGGUAGGAGUUCUACACGUUGUACUAGCAGGCCAGAGGAAAAAUGUCUGCUAGCUAGACUAGACUAAAGUUUACUUGGAAGCUUGGAAGGUUCAAUCAGAAAUCACAACCUCCCCCAAGUAUUCAAUUACUCGGACGGAGCGAAGUGGGUCUACCUUCGCUUGCUCUCUUUGCUCAGGAACUACUCCGGGGUAUGUCGACGUCUCAAGUCUUUCUGGUAGGACUGCCAUGGCCACAAUCUUUGCCAGAACCAAGUACAUGUACUCCGCAUCCGAACAGGUACCCGUACCAGGGACCGGUACCGGGCGGUAUGCGAGCAGCCUGCAAGAAGAGUCGCCGUUCUACGUCGUCGUGUACUUGUACCCGGGUAAGGAAAUUAACAAAUUUAAUGCCCACGGUUGGCAAUCCACUGUUAUUAUCAUAGUACCAGUACCAGGUAGCCAGUGACCGGUCCAAUGGUCUUCCCGCAGCUCAACAGGAUUGCGGGCUUCGGAAAAAUGGGACGCAUGAUGAUGGACGCGAAUGAAUAAUGAAGCCGAGAAAAGGCUUCCGACCAUGAUGAUUGGGCAGGUACAGCAGGGGUGAAAGUACAAUGAAGUUGACAAGCUGAUAUCAAUGUUACUAGCUAGCUCGUAUCCAUAUCCAAGGUACCACUAUCAGCCUGUGAUUCCGUUUUGCUGACAUUCGCCAAGGUUUUGGAGAUGGGAAACACGGAAUCAAACACUGACCCUCCGCCAGGGGCGGCCUUCCCAUCAUCUCCAAACUAUGAAGUCCGAAUCGACGAUGACACACCAAUCUAUAUCAACCACGAGCAGAAAAAUGUGGAUUCUCAGAAUCCCAACACAGCUGCUGCCGCUGAGAAAGGACAAGAGGUGGUAGCAACACCAGACACACCUCCACAACAACGGGACAAUAAUGACCCUACCCCACACAUGACUGAUGCUUCUGCUGCUACCGCAGCUGGAAGAGGUUCAGAAGCGAUUGAUGAGUCCGAGGCAUUCGGUGCCAAUCAACAGCAACAUAUGAGAUUUGGUAAAAGUGCAUUGAAGCAUGGUAUUUCGGAUCUUCCAGAAAGCUGUCGGGGAACAUCGGAUCAGGGAAGGUUUGAAGACGAAGAAAAGAAAGUGAGAAUGGAGGCAGCACACAAUGUAGCAUGGCUGACUGCGGUGAAUGGGUAUUCGGCGCUGAUGGUAUUUAUUGUGCACCUCAUCUCUAUGGAAUCGAUGCUAGCCAUUCUAUUUAGUGUGGGCUUUACGGUAUUCACCUACUACCGAACCGACGACAACCCGUCUUUUGAUGGGUCCACCUUGGAUUGGGUACUGCUGUCCUUUGCUGUCAUUACGCCCUUGUCGGCCUCCAUAUCAAUGUCCUUUGGACGUCGUGAAGCGGCACUGAAGCACAUUGCAUCGAUUCGUGCCACCAUGAUCCAUCUGUACGCCGCUCAUGCCUCUUGGGAUUGGAAAAAGAUCGGGAAGGAAGAUUCAACAGGACGAAAAGCCUCCACGACCAUGACAUCCUGGUUGGAUCAUGCUGAUGCCGCCCUGGUGGAAAUACUGGGCAUUUGCCAUGUUCUUGGUCGUUUCCUCACUCUCCCGAAUGCGACCCGCGCUCGUCAUCGGAUUACGACGCAGGGGCGAAAGGAGGCCCAUCAAACUCUGGCGUUGUCGUCAAAGCUGUACGGGUGUUUACUGGUCCGAUUGGGCAGGUUGACUGAUUUGUGUGAAAUACUCAAGUCGGAGGGUCUCCCUCCCAAUGAAGCGACUCGGAUUCGGCAGUGGGAACGGAUGGUGUUGGAAAAUUGUGACGGUCUACGCAUGAUCAAGGUCUAUCGAACGCCACAAGCCUUAAGGAGUUUUGCACGAUUGUUCACGGUGCUCCUACCACCUUUCUAUGCCCCAUUCUAUGCAGAGAUUGCUCGUAGUCUUGGAUCUCUGGGAAUGGGUAUUGCAUUUUCUGUUUUGACCUCCCUGGCACUGACAGCGCUGUUUGAAACGAUAUCUCAGAUGGAAGAUCCGUUCCUUCGGUACACAUCUUUGGACGGAGUAGAUGUUGACAGUGAACUGAGCUCGUCAUUCGUGGUCCAAUGUCUGACCAUGAGAUCACAUUUCUUUCGAGAUGCCAAACCCUUUGAUGAACGCCGUGUCACAACAAGCACCUGCGAGAGGCUGCCCCUUCGACAGUUCGACAUGUUUUCCGUCAGAAAAACACAAAAGCUUUGACGAAACAAUGUCACCACUGACAGGUUAUGGAUGUCCGCGUACUAGCCUGAAAAUCGUGCACUCUAGAAAGCUCUUGUAACGAUAUGUGUAUACAUCUAAAUAAGGAUUAAAAACAAGUCUCUCCACCACC